CUAACUGCAUCAACAAACUUUUCUUUUGUUCACCCUAGGUUCAUAUGGUUGGCCUCGACAUCUUCACUGGCCGCAAGUAUGAAGAUAUCUGUCCAUCCACGCAUAACAUGAAUGUGCCAAAUGUCAGCCGCAAAGAUUUUCAGUUGGUUAAUAUUGAAGAGGGCUUUACACAUUUGAUGGACGACGGUGGAGAUGUGAGAGAAGACAUGAAAGUACCAGAAGGGGAUUUGGGUAAGGAAAUCCAGACAAAAUUCGAUAAUGGAGAUGAGUUUAUGUGUACAGUUCUUAAGGCUGUCGGCGAGGAACAGAUUAUUGCUGUAAAAUCUUCAGCUAAGAAGGAUUAACUGUAACAUUUUGUGGUAUGAACUACCUCAUCGAUGAGGAAUUAAAAACCUAUUUAGACGUUUGACAGUUUGAGUUUUAUUUUAUGUAUCUAGGCUGGUUGGUUUACCUUACACUACCUUCUCUUUUUUCAAGACAAUAUAUUCCUUUCUAUUGUAAGACAAUAUCUUUUUGUAGACUGGUUUGUCAAAAUGUCUGCAAAAUGUCAGCGUUGUCUGUUUGUAAUCUGACAUUUGAUUUGAAUUUGAGAUAAAUUCUCAAACCUAUCACAACUUUAAGGGGUGCACCUGAACCAAUAUUUUAAGUUCUGGCCUGAACUGUGUUUAUUUAAUCAUGUAAGUUUCUUUGUCAGAUGUCAAGCUGGCAUGCAAAAUCGUGAAGUACAUACUGUACCUUAAAAAUGUUGAAAAUUGAAAUAUAUGUCUAUGGUGGCAUGUGUAAUUAAAAUGAUGUCAAUAUUGAGAUCUGUUAAACUAUUUAGUUGAAAUUCAUCAAUUAUCAAUAAUAAUAUUUUUAAUGAAAACAGAGUUUUCAUCAGAACUGACUGGAACCAAGUUUUGGUUCCAUAUUAAUUUUGUUGUCUUGGAUAUCGUCAUGACAACAUAUAUUACCAAAUAUUGUUUAUUCAUUGUCAUUGAGAAAUAUUUUAGUUUGGAAAUCUUUUCUGACUGGCACAUGCGCAGACAUUUUUGCAAACAGUUCAGUGGGUGUCGUAAUUUAGUGGAUUCGGUCUCUUUGAAAAUUGACAGUACUAUAGUCUAUAGCGAAUUGAGACAAUUGUUUUGCAAUAGUUUGCAAAUGAAGUUCUAAUCUUACAGCAAAAAUGCAAUUCUAAAUCAAAUAAAGUGUUUUUUGAAGUGAUAUUUUAAUCCUUACUGAGUACAGUAGCUUUGAUUUUUCCUAUCACUGGAACAAUAAUACUAAGUUACUGUACCUUGUUCUAUUCUACAGUAUGCUCCAUAAACCAGAAAAAUAGUAACUAAGCUCGUCAGUUAUCUGAAUGCUUAGUUGCUUUUGUUCUAUUCCAUGCUUUCCUAAACUACUGUAUAACACUUCACAAUACUAACUAGUCGUGUGAACUUUGUUCUAUUCUAUGAUUUCUUGAACUGGGACAGUAGCAACUUGUUUUCAUAUUUUAUACUUUUUGUAAACUAUUUAAAAAAUAGUAAUUAAUUUAGUAACUAGGCAGGUCGAUUAUCCACAGUUGUGAAUUUACAUUGUACAAACGGUAACUAAUUUUUCUAUUCCAGAUAUAUAUAUCGUACUACAUAUCUUAGGAAAGCGUAGCAAUCUAUUUUUUCAAUCACUUCAUGACAAAAUUAAGCCUUAGAAAAUUAAACCGGUUUGGAUACGGAGGUUCAAUACCAUUACUAAAAUACGAUACUAUGGAGCAGAUCGUUUGUUAUCACUAUUUGCAAGCAAGCAACUGCGCAGCAAGGUAUUAGUUUUAAUAUACUGUUGUUUCCCAAGGAAGAGCGUCAUCUUGAAGGCCACAAGGUCGACUAAACUCUUGACCGUAAGAAUGGAUCCAUUUGUUGGAAACUAGAAAAAAAAGAAACAGCGUGGUUAGUUGACCGAAUUUCUAAACUAAUUAGUUGUUUGCAAUCAACCUUUUGAGAUUUACUUCCAUGUUGGAGGAAAACACGCUCCAAUACAAUAGCUGUUAAUGAGAUUCUUUUGUUAGCGUUCCUUCAAUAUGGCCGCCGUGACAUCAAUUGCAUACCAAGAAUACAAAUUUUAGUCGAAUAUUAAUACGACAACCUAGAAGUUGUUUAAAACGCUGCUGCCAAACUCUGUUGAUAAUUCAUGCUGCUGAUAUAACUCGCUUUCAGUUUACAAAAGCAUAGGAAACUAAGCAUUAGAAAACUCACAUGGCUAAUUAUUAUUCUAGUUUACAAAGGCAUGGAAUGGAGCAAAUGUACUUAAUUAUUAGAAAACAUACCUGCCUAGGCUAGUUGCUGUUGUUUCAAUUUACAAAAGCAUACAAUAGAACAACUAAGGCCUAUAUAAACUAUGAAAACUGGCCGUUGAGAAAGAUCGUAACUAUUUUUACGACCAUAUGGAAACCAGGCUUUUUAAAUUAAAACAAGCGUUAAAACAAUUUUUAAUUUAAUUUUUUUGUUAAAACAAGCGUCAGUCAGAUUUGUGUAUCGUACCCCAUUUUGAUCCAAUGAUGACAGGGCAAGCAGCAUGUCUUGUGGACGAAUCCCCUGCCCCCGAUUUGCGAAGGUUAUACCAGAACACUGCGUCUCCCUGAAACAGAACAUGCAUGGU